GGGAGGGGUGGAGAGAGAGAGAGAGAAUGAGCGCGCGGGAGAGGAGAGAGUAGCAGCGUGCACGGUGAAAGGAGUGUGCAAGAUAGAUGAUAGGGGAGAGAGCAAGGGUGCGGGAUGAAGAGAGCGAGAAAGAAUGUGAGUGCAUGAACGCGGGAGAGUGGGGAGCGAGAGAGGGAGAGUGCAGGAGGGAGCGCGCGAGUUGACGAGCGUGAGCGAGCCGGCGUCUUGAGUCGCCAUGCGGCUGCUGGGUUUGGGCUGCGCGCUGCUGGCGAUACUGCGGGAGCAAAGGACGAGGGCCCUGGAGCCAGGGGUCGUGACCCCGCACGCAGGGUUGGUGGUCGAGGGCGCGGUGCGGCUGGUGGGGGGCUCGGGCCCCCACGAGGGCCGCGUGGAGGUGUACCACGCUGGGGAGUGGGGCUCUGUGUGCGACGACCAGUGGGACGAGCGCGACGCGGCCGUGGUGUGUCGCCAGCUCGGCCUCCCGGGCCGGGUGCGCGCAUGGACCUGGGCGCGGUUUGGCGAGGGCACAGGACCCGUGUGGGUGGACGAGGGGGGCUGCACGGGGAACGAGCUGGCGCUCGGCGAUUGCGAGCGAGCGCCAUGGGGCCAGCACGACUGCUCCCACCGCGAGGACGCGGGGGUCUCCUGCGACCCCCACAGCGAGGGCGCGGUGCGGCUGGUGGGGGGCUCGGGCCCCCACGAGGGCCGCGUGGAGGUGUACCACGCCGGGGAGUGGGGCUCCGUGUGCGACGACCAGUGGGACGAGCGCGACGCGGCCGUGGUGUGUCGCCAGCUCGGCCUCCCGGGGACGGCGCUGGUGUCCCGGGAGCUGGAGUUCGGGCCCGGCUCGGGGUUCAUCCUGCUGGACGAGGUGGCGUGCGGGGGCUGGGAGGCGGCGCUGCGCCAGUGCGGCCACAGCGAGUGGGGCCGCCACGACUGCUCGCACCUCGAGGACGCGGGCGUCGUGUGCAAGGGGGGGCCCGAGACGCAGCCCCCCGCGCUCGGGCCCCCCGUGCGCCUGGUGGAGGGCGAGGGCCGCCGCGAGGGCCGCGUCGAGGUGCUGGUGGCCGGCGAGUGGGGCACCGUGUGCGACGACGGCUGGAGCGACAAGGACGCUGCCGUGGUGUGCACGCAGCUGGGCCUCCCGGGCCCCGCGCGGGCACUGGGGAUGGCGUUCUUCGGUGAGGGCUCGGGCCCCAUCCACCUGGACAACGUGAAGUGCUCCGGCUGGGAGCGCGCGCUGGGCCAGUGCGCCCACCUCGCGUCCCACGAGCACAACUGCCGCCACAGCGAGGACGCCGGGGUGGUGUGCGGGGAGCACGCGGAGCCCGCGCGACUCGGAGACCGCCCCGGGGACGCCGCGCAGCUCGCUGAUGGUCCCCUCUCUGAGGUGUGCGGACGGCGCUUGGCCAAUCACCGCAGGAAGAGGAUCGUGGGUGGCGCAAAGUCGCUCAGGGGCGGCUGGCCGUGGCAGGCCUCGGUGUGGGUGCGCGCCGGUCCCCACACUGAGAGUCGCCUCCUGUGCGGAGCCACGCUCAUCAGCAGCUGCUGGCUCCUCACUGCUGCGCACUGCUUCAAGCGGCUCGGCACGGGCGGCGCUUUCUACACGGUGCGCGUGGGCGACCACCACCGGCUGGUGCGCGACCGCGCCGAGCGGGAGCUGCGCGUCGAGCGGAUCGUGGUGCACGAGCGCUACUCCCCGACGCGGCACGUGCACGACAUCGCGCUCCUGCGCGUGUCCACCCUGCACACAGGCCUGGAUGGAGCGGAGGGCUCUGGAGUUCCCGGGGGAGGGACGUGUGUCCCGUUCAGCGAGGCGGUGAGGCCGGCGUGCCUGCCGCGCCGGCGGGGGCGCUUGCCGCGCCGCCACCACUCCUGCUUCAUCACGGGCUGGGGCGACACGGGCCGCUCGUACGCACGCACCCUGCAGGAGGCGCGUGUGUCGGUGCUGCCCGGGCGGUUGUGCCGCUUGCGCUACGGGGGCCGCUUCGAGGGCGGCCGCAUGGUGUGCGCGCGAGGGUCGCGACCCCCGACCCCGACGGACACCCCCCGUGACGCCUCCGGCAACGGCGGGAUCGGCGGCCAAUGGGGUCGCCAGCAGACGACGCAGCACGGCAGCGGCGGCGGAGGAGGAGCUGGUGACAGUUGCCAAGGAGACAGCGGGGGGCCCCUCUCGUGCCAGGAGUCGUUGCGGGGAGCGGACGCCGCCCCCCCCGGCGGCGGUGGCGGGAGGGGGGGCCGCUGGGUGGUGGCGGCGGUGACGUCGUGGGGCCACGGCUGUGGGGAGCGCGACUCCCCCGGCGUGUACACGCGCGUGUCGCGUUACGUCGCUUGGAUCCACCGCGUGACGGCCAUACAGUCGUCGCAGUAGCGCGACUAAGGGGGGGCCGCGGUUGUGGAUGGUGAGGGGCACCCCCCCCCCCCACCACACUGUGGGGCUUGCCGGGUUUGGCCCGACACCUCCGCACGGGCCAGAAGAGCGCGAGGGGUCAGGGGUCGUGAUCCGCCACGAUUCCCGUCGAUGCCGCCCCCGGCUUGACGCCGAGGAUUCCGGAGUCGGGAAGCUGGUGAUUCUGAGCCGGGAUUUGUCGAUGACUCAACACGCCAUGGUGGAUCGGCGUAGAGGAUCCGGACUUGUUCGUCGUAGCUCUCGAGUGUGCAGGCGGUGCACCUGCAUGGGGCCCACGGACUUGGAGGCCCAGUGGCCGGGCUACGAAG